AGGAAGAGACAAGCGUAUGAAUCAAACCUGAUAAAAAAUGGCUUGCAACUUGAAGCAACGAGAUCGGUUUUGGAUGAAAAACUUAUUUUUCUGAAAGUGCAUGCACCUUGGGAAGUGCUGUGCACAUACGCUGAGGUUAUGCACAUCAAAAUGCCUCUGCAACUCAAUGACCUGAAAACCCGAGAGUCAGCUUUCAACUGGUUUAGUAGACUCUUCAGAGUGGAUGAAAAUAUCAUCAAACAUGAGCAAGAGUUUUUCACGGCUCCCUUUCAAAAGGAACAUUUGUCCAACUUUUAUAUUCAAGACAAAGACACAUUUUUCAAUCCUGCAACUAGAAGCCGAAUUGUUCAUUUUAUCCUGUCCCGUGUGGAAUAUGCAACCAAAAACAACGUGAAAAAGUUUGGCAUUAACAAAUUACUGGAUGCUGGAAUCUACAAAGCAGCAUUUCCCCUUCAUGACUCUAGUUUUAGGCACCCGUCAACCGAUCCUGGCUGCCCAAGUGAACGAUAUCUUCUCUACAGAGAAUGGGCUCAUCCUAAAAAUAUUUUCAAACUGCAGCCCCUGGAUUUCAUCAGGAAAUACUAUGGAGAGAAAAUUGGAAUCUACUUUGCUUGGCUGGGUUUUUACACUAACAUGCUGAUCGUGGCUGCAGUUGUAGGAGUCGGCUGUUUUCUGUAUGGAUGCCUGACAAAGGACAACUGCACAUGGAGCCAAGAAGUAUGUGAUCCCAGCAUAGGAGGUAAUAUCAUAAUGUGCCCUCAGUGUGAUAAAGUAUGUACCUACUGGAACCUCACCAUCACUUGUGAAUCAUCCAAGAAACUCUGUAUAUUUGAUAGCUUUGGAACACUGGUGUUUGCAGUAUUUAUGGGAAUAUGGGUUACUUUGUUUUUGGAGUUUUGGAAGCGACGGCAAGCCGAACUGGAGUACGAAUGGGACACAACUGAGUACUUAGAGCAAGAAGAACAAGUUCGCCCAGAAUACGAAGCUCAAUGCACUCAUGUAGUAAUUAAUGAAAUCACACAG